AUGAUCGAUGGACGAUUCCACGUUCAGGCAUUCUCGAUCCAACAGCCCGGUAGCAGAGGGAUGCUCAUGAUGAUUCGGGGAUCUUGGAUAUCCUGUCGUUACCUUUUCUAUCCCCAGGAAGCUGCGAACAACACCUGCGCAUCAUGGCCGCCGAGCUUCUGGAGACACCUUUAG